CAAGAGUGCCUCAGAAGUCCACCCUCCCCUCAAGUUGAAGACCACCUCCAAACCCACCACAGAGCUGUUGCUGUCCGUCCUACAGCAUCCCCACCUUCACAGCCUCACAGAAACUCCUGGGGCCCUGUAGAGAAAACUGAACAUCCAGAGUCCAGCUCCAGUGUCUGUCUCUAGCCUACCUGAGGAUUACACUCCAAAAAAAAAACAUCAUAGACUAGACUGGCUUCCUUCAGUUUGGUUCAAAUUGAUGCUGUGGACAUCAAGAGGACUGUCAAGAAAAACAGAAGUCAGCCUGGGGGAUACUUUUGAGCCGAAAAGUGAAAGCGAGCAGCACUCGCAGCAUGCAGGUGAUAACUUGUGCGUUGUUUACGCUCGUCACUCUCCCUGUCAGCAGCGUGUUGGAGGCUGACUCCUGUCCUGCUGUCUGCGAGUGCUCUGAGUGGAAGAUUCACACAAUCUCCUGCUUUGACAUUGAUAUUCUCCCCAGGUUUCCAGCAAGCACGGAUACACUAUGGCUUUUUGAGACCCGCCUGUCAUCCUUGCCAGCAGACGCCUUUGCCAACAUGGUCAACAUCUCAAGGAUAUAUAUAUCAGUGGACGUGACGCUGAAGAGGCUGGAGAGGCACUCGUUCUACAGCCUGAGGAAAAUCACCCACAUUGAGAUACGUAAUGCAAAAAGUCUGACCUACAUCGACCCAGAAGCCUUUAAAAAUCUCCCAAACCUCAAAUACCUGGGAAUUUUCAACACCGGCCUUUCUUUCUUCCCUGACUUGAGCAACAUCCACUCUAAUGACAUGAACUUCAUACUGGAAAUUGUUGAUCAUCCCUACAUCACUGAGAUCCCGGCCAACGCAUUCCGUGGCAUCACCAGCGACGUGCUGACAGUGAUGCUGUAUGGAAAUGGCUUCAGAGAAAUCCAACAUCAUGCAUUCAAUGGGACCAAGCUAGAUCAAGUAGACCUUCACAGGAAUAAGUAUCUUAACAAGAUGGAUGAAAGGGCUUUUGCCGGCACCAUCAGCGGCCCCAUGCUUCUAGACGUGUCCCUGACAGGGAUCACCUCCCUGCCAACCACAGGUAUGGAUUCUCUCCGCGAGCUGAAGGCACGCAAUGCCUGGGCACUCAAAAAACUGCCGCCCAUCAAAACCUUCAAGCACCUUACCAUCGCCAACCUCACCUACCCCAGCCACUGCUGCGGCUUCAAAAACCUCAAAAAGAAACGAGGCUUUUUGGAGUACAUCAUCUGUAACCUGACUGCCUUCUAUGACCAGCAUCACAAGCGCUCGGUGGGGCCCCUCGGCCUGCCUUCCCUCCAAGGGGACGGCGUGGUGGAAACAGUCCCAGACCAGGAGCUGAAUGACGGGAGCCACAAAGAGUCCGACCACUGGAGGAGAGGCGACUUCCAUGGAAGCCUCCACUACCACACCUACUUUGGGGGCCAGCCAAAUGAGGAUGUGGGUUUCGGAGAGACCCUCAAGAACCCCCAGGAGGACACCAGCCAAGACUUUGAUAGUCGUUACGAUUACGUGGUGUGUGAGGAGGGCGAGGAGGUGGCGUGUGCGCCGGUGCCCGAUGAGUUCAACCCUUGUGAGGACAUCAUGGGUUUUGGUUUUCUGCGAGUGUCUGUGUGGUUUGUAAGUCUGCUGGCUGUUCUGGGAAACGUGGCGGUGCUCCUGGUGCUGCUCACCAGCCACUACAAGCUCUCCGUGUCCCGCUUCCUAAUGUGUCACCUGGCCUUCGCCGAUCUGUGCAUGGGGAUUUAUCUGCUGCUCAUCGCCUCGGUGGACCUCCACACGCGAGCCGAGUACUACAACCACGCCAUAGACUGGCAGACGGGCCCCGGCUGUGGACUCGCCGGGUUUUUUACAGUCUUCGCGAGCGAGCUGUCUGUCUACACCUUGACGGUGAUCACUCUGGAGAGGUGGUACGCCAUCACCUUCGCUAUGCGGCUGGAUCGGAAGCUGCGUCUGCACCACGCGGCGGCCGUGAUGCUGGCCGGAUGGAUCUUCUGCCUUCUGCUGGCCCUGCUCCCGCUGGUCGGGGUGAGCAGUUACCAGAAGGUCAGCAUCUGUCUACCGAUGGACACCCAGUCCACGGUGGCUCAGGUCUUCAUCUUGUCCGUGCUGGUGCUCAACAUCCUGGCCUUUCUUGUCAUCUGCGCUUGCUACUUCAAGAUCUACUGCGCGGUGCACAAUCCUCACUACCGCUCCGGAUCCAAGGAUACCAACAUCGCCAAGCGCAUGGCUGUGCUCAUCUUCACUGACUUCUUGUGCAUGGCGCCGAUCUCCUUCUACGCCAUGUCCGCGGUGCUGGACCGGCCGCUCAUCACUGUCUCCAACUCCAAGAUUUUAUUGGUGCUGUUCUACCCGCUCAAUUCAUGCGCCAACCCGUUCCUCUACGCCAUCUUCACCAAGGCCUUCAGGGGGGACAUAUUUAUCCUUCUCAGUAAGGUGGGCCUCUGUCAGCAGCGAGCGCAGCUGUUCAGAGGCCAGACGGUCUCGUCAAAGGGCAGCAGCGGGAUAUCUCAGGUCCGUAGAAACAAGGAUAAGGUUAGGAAAGGUGGAAGCAGAGGCCAGGAAGAGGUGCCCAUCCACCUGAAGAAGUGCUCCGGACAUACCUGCCAUCAAGCCAAGCAGACGAGCCCUGAAGAGAGCCAGAGCCUGAAGACGUGAGCCAAACACCCGCUUGAUGUGGUAAAGCAAGACAGGUUAAGGUGGGAGAGGAGAGGCCUUCAAGUGUUUGUGGACAGAUCUGUUUGGAUAUUUAACAGAAAGCUCCAGUAUUCUGUAUCUACUUUAGUUUUUCAGGCCAAGUUCAGCUGUUUUCACAAUUUGGGCUUGGAUGAUUUUAUGGUUCCAGUUGGUGGAGAAUAUCAAGUGUCUCUGAAAUGUGAGCCCGACUUCAUCUAACUUAUAGUGCUUUGUAUUUGGAGGGACAGGCUAGAAAAGAACAGAUUAUUUUAAGGAAAUAUAGUAAAGAUUAAAACUAAAACAUACAUACACAUUAUAUAUA